UCUACCACCACAAUCUGCGGUCCUGGAGAUCUUCAAACCUCAAAAUAAGACCCUAUUGCCUCGUCAGCCUUUCCAGUUCGCUUCCUUUUCAGGCCCGCCGGAUGAUUGGCCAGCUCCGAAUGCCUGAAGCGGCCUCUGCGAAAUUCGAGCAAUAGCAUCCUUCAUCAUUUCACCCACGAUGGCCGCGCUAUAUGAUUGGUCACGAACAAGUCGCACGCAACGAACCAUUAGCUUAGAAGGAGAAAACACAGCUCGUCUCAUGAGAGGCUUACCACCAGGCCAGAUGCCGUCGUUGGAAGACGUGAUUCAGGUGGUGCAAACAGACCUUAAUUCUGCGUCAGAUUUGCAUCGCAUGGAAUCACUGCAAGAACUUCUACAUGAUGAGACGUUGGAGCGUCUACUCAAAGGGGCCGGAAGCUUGGCGCAGAAGCCCAUAGCCAUGCUCAUUGACGGAAACCAUUCUGGAGGUCGGCCUAGACUGGGCAACUCAAUAGGCUCCCUGACUGCCACGCAACUGGCCUGCGAGCUGUUGAAGAAUCGAUACUUGCGAGCUGAACCCGCCAGUUCAGAAACGUUCAAUGCAGAACGUCGACUGAUCUACUUAACCGACCUGGAUCGUUGGGCCAUACUUGCUCUUGUCGUCUCUGCCCCCGAAAGUUUAUUCAGGGUGAUGGGAGACUUCAUUCUUCACUAUCUCUACGGAACUGCUUCCAUCGGUGUUUCAUUUGCGCCGGAUGGUCCUACAACUUUUUGUCUCGAGUUCUCCUUCCCAUUUCAUGUUUGGAGGACAAGCAAGCGACUUUCGGUGGAUUCAAGGACUCGAAUGUCAGAUGGAAAGCCUCUGAGACCUUCUAGAGACAUGACUUCUCUCGACACUUUUGCAUACGUCAGUUUCAGUCCUUCCGAAACUCACGGCAUUUACCAAAGUCAUGUCUCCUGUAUAGUGACAGGCUAUGAUCAGCGUCAUUGGACUGGCAUUCUCACUAUCGACCACUGGUUUGAACAGAAGUCGGGCGACGGCGAACUCUCAACGCCGGACUCGCUAGAACGUUAUCAGGAUGAUAUCGAAUGUGGCAUGAGGACUGACCCGUUGAGUCGUGGCCAGGAGGAUGCAGAAAUAUCUCGAUGGACUCCUCGACCAUACUUCCUUCGUGUAAUGGUGGUUCGACUGUCGCAAAUCAUACGAGAAUGGCAGGAAUUGCGUUAUCGAAUGGAACGGACUCUGGAAGGAUUCGCCAAGCGUUACAAAGUUCUGCGCAGCCAAGAGGAGUUAUUGGAAGAAGCACGUCGCCUUAUUUCAAUUGAUGAAAACCCGGUCGUUACCUUUCUGGAUAAGAUGUUGGUUUUCAAGGAAAAUGUUAGCGACAUCAACGAUGCCUUACAGAGAGCAGUACGAAGUGGGGAUUCGUUCCUCAAAACCGACAUCUUCUGGUUUUACCCUGGGCGAGAACCUAUGUCAGAUGACGACGACUGCCACUCGCAACUUGUGCAGAUCCAGAAACGACUCGAAACAGUCCGCCAACUUUCUGAACAGUUCCAGGAACUGGAAGCUACCUCGGUAAAAUUGGCCAAUGAAGCAGAAAAUUUGCGCAAGAAGCUUCACUUUCGACGGCAUGUUCAAAGGGUACCCCGCCAGUCUAACUCAUACCAACUGGGAUGCUUCGCUCUUAUUUCAGUAUUGAUUAACAUCACCGUGGGGAAUAUUGAGUCCAUACGAUGGCUCCCUCAAGCCUCGAUUCUGGUAGUGGCCGCGUCGUUGAUGGGGUAUGUCGUUAGGUGCCUCCUCUGCCUUAACGUCCGAACAAUGCCUUCUGCCCUUCUUCCUGGGGUAUCCAAUUUCACAAGAAGACCCAAAGGACCACAAUUUCUCGCAUCCGUGUUCGACAGGAUGCACUCUCUGCUUAAAAUUCCAACCGAUUCUUGCAGUGAGAGCGGAGCUUUUUGGUCCGGUUCAAGGUUACCCCCAUCCCUUAACAACAUGGAUCAAGGGGGUUCUUAUGCUCAAGACCGCAGUCAUAGGGCAGAAUGUCGUAAUUAUGUCCUCAGAUAUGUGGCAAGUGCCGGCCCCCCUAACCCGUCCAGUAAGACUCCAGACGGGGAAUUUCAUGGGGACUGUGAGACUUCUCGAGGUACGGGUCUGAUUCCGGUUUGCGUGGUACGACCGGAUUCGGAUUCAGAGUGGCUGGAGAGGAAUUUGACGGGUACAUGCCACGAUGACAAGUCAUUCUUCUUAUCUUUGAAGCAGUUAAGAACGCGAAACUUUUGGAUUAAAUGGGCCAAUCUCUUUCCCCUAUGCACAAAGAGGAAAGUUGUAGGCAUUCACUAUGUCAAGUUUGAACUACGCAACGAUGGUUCUGUUCUCAUACUUGAACGAGAUGCUAUCCCGUCAGCGUCGAUGAACAGUUCAUACCGCCCUACAGCUGGUUUUUUCUCCCCGAUACAUUCCGACUAUCUUCAGGCAUGCCUAAGGAAUCCAUCUAUUCUUCGCGAUGGCUCUAGAAACGUCCUGGAUCGACUAAUCCACAAGCACGAUGGUCCAUUGAAAUGGGAAUCUGUUCCAUGUACUGGCUAUGGUCUGCUGCUUGAGGAAGGUAUAGACCACCGCAACUUGGAGAUUUGGAGGCUACUAAGUGUUCUGUUUUCGUUUUUCUUGAGCCUCCUCUGGGGAUUUAGGACAGGGAAGACUUUGGUCGGGAUGGCGUUUGGAAACUGUCUGGCAAUCCUCAUUCUGGCUGUAACAAGAUCAGUCAAUGUCACUCACUCAGAGCCACUCGGCAGCAAUUCGUUUGCAAUCUAGUCAGUUAGUUGUUAGUUUCCAGUUGUUCAAAUGCAUGGCUUGAUGUCACAGCCAAAAUCUCAC